CGCCCGCACUUUCUCCUCCUCAGGAGAGGAGGGGUGGUUGCGAGGAAAGGAGAGAGAAGCAAAUAGGAGGCAUUUCCUCUCGGCGGGGAGCGACAGCCGGUUCUCCGCGGCCAGCAGGAGCGGCGUUGGCAGCCGCCGCGGGCGCCGGGCGCUCGCACCAUGCGCGAGCCGGCCGAGAGCUGCUGAGGCGCCGGGCCGCAGAAGCAGAGCGCGAGUGCUGCGGGCUCCGGCGGCGCUCGCCCACCAGACCUGCCCAGGCGGCGGCGGGAUGGAGCCGGCGACCGCGCCCCGGCCGGACAUGGCGCCGGAGCUGACCCCCGAGGAGGAGCAGGCUACCAAGCAAUUUCUUGAAGAGAUCAACAAGUGGACAGUGCAGUAUAAUGUUUCUCCGCUCUCUUGGAACGUGGCUGUCAAGUUCCUCAUGGCUAGAAAGUUUGAUGUGCUCCGUGCCGUGGAGUUGUUCCACUGCUACAGAGAAACAAGAAGGAAGGAAGGCAUUGUGAAGCUGAAACCUCACGAGGAGCCGCUCCGUUCUGAGAUCCUCAGCGGCAAGUUUACCAUCCUGAAUGUUCGAGACCCAACUGGAGCCUCCAUUGCCCUUUUCACUGCCAGGUUACAUCAUCCCCACAAAUCUGUCCAGCACGUGGUCCUCCAAGCCUUGUUUUACCUGCUUGACAGAGCUGUGGACAGCUUUGAAACUCAGAGGAAUGGACUGGUGUUCAUCUAUGACAUGUGUGGUUCUAAUUAUGCCAACUUUGAGCUAGAUCUUGGCAAGAAAGUCCUAAACCUGCUGAAGGGAGCGUUUCCAGCUCGGCUGAAGAAGGUGCUGAUUGUAGGGGCACCCAUAUGGUUCCGAGUGCCCUACUCUAUCAUCAGCUUGCUCUUGAAGGACAAAGUUCGCGAGAGGAUUCAGAUAUUAAAGACAUCUGAAGUUACCCAGCACCUGCCUAGGGAGUGCCUUCCAGAAAAUCUGGGUGGGUACGUCAAAAUUGACCUCGCCACUUGGAAUUUUCAGUUCCUGCCCCAAGUGAACGGCCACCCAGAUCCCUUCGAUGAGAUCAUCCUGUUUUCCCUACCUCCUGCCUUAGACUGGGACUCAGUACAUGUUCCAGGUCCUCAUGCCAUGACCAUCCAAGAGUUGGUAGACUAUGUCAACACCAGACAAAAGCGGGGCAUCUAUGAGGAGUAUGAAGACAUUCGUCGUGAGAACCCUGUUGGCACUUUCCACUGUUCCAUGUCUCCGGGAAACCUAGAGAAAAACAGAUAUGGAGAUGUCCCCUGCCUGGACCAAACACGAGUGAAGCUGACAAAACGAAGUGGCCACACUCAGACAGAUUACAUCAAUGCCAGUUUCAUGGAUGGCUACAAGCAGAAGAAUGCUUACAUUGGUACACAAGGUCCUUUGGAGAAUACCUAUCGUGACUUCUGGCUCAUGGUUUGGGAGCAAAAAGUUCUGGUGAUUGUCAUGACCACUCGCUUUGAGGAAGGCGGCAGGAGAAAAUGCGGCCAGUACUGGCCUUUGGAAAAAGACUCUCGGAUCCGAUUUGGCUUCCUCACGGUGACUAAUCUAGGAGUGGAGAACAUGAACCAUUAUAAGAAAACAACUCUAGAAAUUCAUAAUACAGAGGAGCGGCAGAAACGCCAGGUGACCCACUUCCAGUUCCUAAGCUGGCCAGAUUAUGGUGUCCCCUCCUCAGCUGCUUCCCUCAUUGACUUCCUGAGAGUGGUCAGAAAUCAGCAGAGCAUGGCUGUAGGUAGCCUGGGAGCUCGCUCCAAAGGGCAGUGCCCUGAGCCACCUAUUGUGGUCCACUGCAGUGCUGGCAUCGGCAGGACAGGUACCUUCUGCUCACUGGACAUCUGCCUGGCACAGCUGGAGGAGCUUGGCACCCUUAAUGUGUUCCAGACGGUGUCGCGCAUGAGGACCCAGAGGGCCUUCAGCAUCCAGACCCCCGAGCAGUACUACUUCUGCUACAAGGCCAUCCUGGAAUUCGCAGAGAGGGAAGGCAUGGUUCCCUCUGGUCAUAGCCUGCUGGCCACGGAUGGCCAGUAACUGUUCCACAUGUUUCCACCUGCUGGUCAGCCUUCCUUAAACUACCCUGGACACUGCUGAGCCUAUAGGUUGCCAUCAGUUAUGCUGAAGCCAUGGAUCAACCUCCUUCUUGUGUCUCCCAGCGCACAUGUGCACGCAAGGCAGCCUUUCCCUUUGGCUAGAUAAACGUGGUGACCUUGCCACUAGAAAGGGCCAGCAGCAAUGUGUUCUUAAUUCCUAGCACCUGCUAUCGAACUGUGCCUUAUCAAAACCAAAUUGUGGCUAUUGAUUUUUGCCAGGGUCCCUGAGGUAAGUGGGGAAGGAACCCUCGCCCAACCCCAUCUCCCAAUGCCAUUCUUCUGGACAUCUCCUCCUUCCCUUUGCUAUGAUUUGACAGGGAGGUUUGGUGAGCAUUCACCUUCCUACCCAGAAAGCUUGACCAAGUUACAUAUCCUAGAGAAUGUCCCGAGUGCCAAGCACGUUUAUACAUAGGGCGUGUAUUCCAGUCUUUUCUGUCAUUCUGUGUGUGUGUGCGUGUACGUAUGUGCACUUACGUGUAUGGAUCCAUAUGUAUGUGUGUACAUAAUAUAUACUGUAUGUGAUAAUUAUGGCCGUAUACUAUAAAUACAUAUACACAGA